GGUACCAUUGGUCCCAUAAAUUAUGGGGGCCAAGAUGUGGGAGCCCCGAUAUCAUCAUACCAGGUUGAUGAUCAACCUGCGGUGACCUUUACAGCUCCUGCACAAGGGGGGACUCUAUUUCACUACAACUUUUUUACUUCGCCAACAUUGGGCAAUGGUCCACACCAAUUAAUAAUCACCAACCUCAACCAAAGCAGCUAUCUUUGGCUAGACUAUGUUCAGUAUACCCCGUCGUCAGCUCGUCAUCUCCUGCAAAUACCAAUAGCCAGCAACCCAUUCCAACUUCGUCUUCGACUGCUCCCGAGGCUCAAAGCGUCCCAACGUCCAUGUCCUCAUCAUGGAUGCUAGCAACGUCAUCUAGCUUGUCAUCUCCAAAUGGCCAGCAAUCAAGUGCAACUUCGUCUUGGACUGUUCUCGGGACUCAAACUGAACCAUCAUCAUCGUCCUCGCCAGUCCCUCAAACUUCAGUACAAAGCUCUAAGAACAAUAAUGCACUGAUCAUUGGAGGGGCGGUCGGAGGGGUAGCACUGGUUGUGGCUGGGCUAGCGCUGAUUUUUUACCUACGGAGACGACGCAAUACUCAAGCUCAAACACUAGUUGAAGUAAAAAAUGUAGACAAUGCCCGUCUCAGCCCAGGCGAAGCUUCCUCAUCUGAGAGUCUCCGCAACCACAACUCCUCGGUUAUGUCGAGCGCACCUUUUGUUGGACCCGAUGACUGGCGCCGUUCAAACCGCCCCCAGUCUUUCGUUGACCCACCAUCUGUCAUGGGCAUUAACAACGUGGAAGAAUUGGAGGCCGACGAGGAACAAGAAGUCCGUCUAUAUGAAGACGGUGGUGUCCGUAUCGCUGGUGGUUCGCUUCGCAGGCAGGUGGUGGACGUUCCUCCUGAGUAUCGAGAGUAUGACUGACUUGCGUAACUUGUUGUGAUUUGUGGUGGGAAUGGUUCGCUGUUAUGCCAGAAUUCACACACACCUUAACGCGCUGUCGUAAUACAGAACCAGGGACCUUGGAUUAUUUUGCUGAUACAGCUGAGGAGAGAAAUACCAUUAGCAAAGCGAUGACAAUGAUGCUCAAUAUUAAAUAUCCAUCUCGCUGGUGCUCCAGUCAUUCGGUAUUGAGGGUAACUAGACGGAUGUACUUGGUUG